UAUUCAUGUUCUUUUACAUUCAGGUGUGGGUCGUUGCUUAUUUUUCCUCUCAACAUUUAGUCUUUCGUCUAUCUUCACUUCAUGUUGUGCUUUAGUGCCUUGUUUUAAAACUUAAUUUAAAAAUUAUUUAAUCUGCUUUAUUGCAACAAAAACAAAAAAACUUUUUCUCAAACUGUGUGGAGAGGAAACCACAACGCUGGGCCACAGUCACAGAGGAAAGGGGGGGGGUCGGGUGUUACUUUAUAACACAUUUCAAUAAGUCAGGUGUCAAAGUGUCAGGAUGGAGGAAACAUCUCUACUGUGGCUGCUCUUUCUGAUGUCACUGCUGAGCUGCACAACAAACCAAGCCUCUCUGACUGUGAGUCCCAGCAGAUCUCAGAUGUUUGAAGGACAGUCUGUCUCUCUGAGCUGUGAGGAGGACGACAGCUCUGCUGGAUGGACUCUGAGGAGGAACACAAGUGAUAAAACCGGGACUCAGUGUGGAGAUGGCUGGGGAAGACCUGCUGGUUCUUCCUGUAAAAUCAGCUACAUGGACCCAUUGGACAGUGGAGUUUACUGGUGUGAGUCCAGAGAGGGAGCAACCAGUAACAGCAUCACCAUCACUGUCACUGGUGGACCAGUGAUCCUGCAGAGUCCUGUCCUCCCUGUGAUGGAGGGAGAAGACCUCACUCUGACCUGUAGAACAAAGAGGUCCUCCAACCUCCCAGCUGGUUUCUAUAAAGAUGGCUCCUUCAUCAGGACUGAGCCUGCAGGUCACAUGACCAUCCACCAUGUUUCCAGGUCUGAUGAAGGCCUCUACAAGUGCAACAUCAGCAGUGUUGGAGAGUCUCCACCCAGCUGGGUCUCUGUCACAGAGAAACCAAAGACCACAAGCCCUCCUACGACCACAGGCCCUCCUACGAGCUCGCCACCGGCCCCUGAAACAACCUCAGCUCCACCCCCGGCCUCAGACUCCCUCCACCUUGUGAUCAGACUGGUCUGCCACCUGGUGGUGUUCUGUCCGUACUGCAUCUCCACUUUCAUCAUGGUGUCUUUAUAUCGACACAGAGCCACAGGAAAUGACCUGCCUGUCUCCGUGGUGAUGACCCCACCCAGCCAGGCUGAGGAGGGAUUGGAUGAAGACUAUGAUGUCAUCACUGCUGUCACCACGGAGCAUCACUUCUGAACUGAUCUGAAAAGAAGCUCAAAUGUUUCAAGUCCUCAUAAAUCAGAAACAGUGGAGGCCUCAGAACUCUUCCCUGUGGAUCUCCACAUGUUCUAGUUCGACCUGUAGAUGGAGGAUGUUAACCUAAGACCAGAUCAGUCCAGAGAUUUGUGAUCAAACUAUUUUUAACUUUUAGUUUGCAGCUGAUUUGACUGUUCCAAAACCAGUCUCUGAAAACGUAACCAGCUGAGUCGCAGAGACACCAUCAGCUGGUUUUAGUCGAGCUGAAACGGGCCGCUUCAGAAGUAAAGGUUUCUUCUCGUUGCGAACUUUGCUCUUAACUGGACUUUAGUAGCAGAUAGUUGUUCAGGUUCUGCUGUAAGUCGUGUUGUUGUUCAGGUCUUAGAUGCCAAGUUUUUAAUCUCUUCAGAUCAAAUAAAAUGAUGAUCAUCUUUUCUCUCUGUCCUUUGUUCCAAUGUGAUCAUAACUUCACUUCUCUCAUAUCCAACAGCCUGUUUCCUUGUGUAGUAUCUGGACUUCUAACGGACCUUUUAUAAACUUUGUCUUAAGUUUUUGGUAACAAAGAAACUCGUAUGAACUUUAGCAUACAUUCGCUGGACACUUCUCUGGAAACAUCUGGAAAGAAUUCGGGAUUCCCUUGUUGGCUUG